AUGUCUGUGCUGUCUGACAAUCCUUCUGCCUCAUUGCAAGAAAUCCACAGUGCUGAAACAAUUACUGGUUCAAGGCCACCAUCUCAACAUACAGCAUCAACAUCUAAAAGUCUCUCUUCCAGCCCUGCAGUGGAAACCCACCUCAUACUGUCAGAAAGCUCUGAGGAGGAUGAAGAAAACCCAAUGAAAAACCCAUUUACAAUCCCAUCAGAUGCUGAUAUUCUUGUGCUAAAGGACAAGGAAAUCAAAAAGGCAAAGGCAAAACAUGAAAGGAUGAAGACCUUGAAAGUCCAUGAGAAAACUACUUACUCCACUAAAAUAAAAGAAAAAAGUGGGUUGAGGAAAGCUCUGAAGAAGGAGGAAGAAGAGGAGAGCAGAAAACAGGCAACAAGUGAAGAGAGAUUGAAAGCUCUUCAGGACAUUCUCUCACGGAAGUUAGCCAUGCAAAAAGAUUAUGCAUUAGAAAGGGAGACCUUCCAUGGCUACAUAAAUGACAGAAGAGAGAUCUUUUUUAUUGAGUAUGCCAUGGCAGUGAAGCGAGAUGAGAUUAAAAAGAUGGAGGACAUAGUAAAGAAUGAAGAAAAAAAACUGGAAAAGGCUGAGAAGAGGAUGGAGAAGGAUGCUGCCAUGUUUGAGGAGUUCCUGCAGGAGAACCAAAAUAACUCCGUCCAAGCCCUGAAAAUGGCCAAAGAAGAAACCUCAGCAAAGAGAAAGAAAAUAAUGGAGCUCCAGGCAAUCACUUCCCAAAUAAAGAAGGUCCAAGGUGAUAUAUCCAGAAUUGAGGAUACUCUGCAGGAGUACAAGAUGUACAGGGACAUCCUCUAUCAGCUGUCUCCAAAAGAGUGGCAGAAGGAACAUGGAAAAAAGCACACAAAGGAUAAGGACUCGAAAACAGAAUCCAGAACUAAUGAAGGAAGUGCCUCAUCUGCCCCUGGGGCAGAGCAGGACCAGGGUCUGACAGCCAGAACUGCCCACACCACCAGUUUUACAGAUAUGCCACGUUCCCUGCUGCAUUCAGAAAGUUUGGAUUUCAGGUCACGUGACAGCAGGCCACAGCUCAAACACUUCCUGAAGCCUCUUUUAACAAGAGAACUAAGUUCAUUGGAGGAUGCAGAAAAUGAAAACAGCUCGGAUGAAGAUGAGGAGCCCGAGUUGUAUUUUACUCAUCCUGAACAACUGCUGAUUACUUUCAUGAAGAUGCAGGAUGAGAACAUAUCCUUCAUCAAGAAUUCCCACGAUAUUGAGGAAAGAUGGAACAAGAUCCAACACACUUUCAUCACCACACACGAGAGCAUGGAGAAGGAGUUAGCAGAGCUGAAACAGCAGGUGAGCACCCUCCAGUCCUCUGUCACCAAGGAAGAAGAGAGAGUAGCAGAUCUGAAGCACAGAGUUCACCUCUUUUCCUCUGGAGAACAUGAAACUGAUGGCCAGGACAAAAUGCUUGCAAGCCUGAACAAGAAGGUGCUGGAAGUCUAUUCCCACUGCACUGGAGACAAUGAGACAAACCUGAAGACAAUAGAGAUGCUAAAAGUAAUAGAAAAACAGCUCAAUGAUUUACUGGACAGCCUGGAGAGAAUUCCACAAUCAAAGAUAGAAAAGGCUCAGAAAGCCAUACAAAAGGAAAAGAGGGCAAGGCUGAGAGAGGAAAAGCUGAAACAGAAGCAGCAGCAGGAGGAAGGAUUGAAAAGGGACAUGGAAAGAUUGCAGGCAACUGUAGAAAAAAAGAACAGCGGGAAGCUGGCGUUUCAUUCCAACCCACCUGCCAGGAAGGAGAAGAAGACUAUCCCAGAACAAAUAGAUAAGGAGAAGGAAGAACAAAUGUAUUAUUUCUCUUGA